AUGGCUACUGCUCAAGAAUACAGAGGAAAUCCCGUUUGCGGUGAAUUUAAGAAAGACAUGUCCUGGGAAAUUUACAAGGAGCGCUUGGAAUUCUGGUUUGAAACUCGAGGAAUCACCGAUGAAGGUGAAAAGAGAGCGCAUCUGUUUGCUGUUGCAGGACAGGAUAUUCUUGAGUUGGCUCAGGCCUUAACUGGAGGCGCUGUGAGAAGUCAUUCGUACACACAAAUUGUAUCUAAGAUUUCUACGCAUAUGGACGCUCAGAGAAACAUGCGUAGAGAGAGAUUUCACUUCUUCCAGAGGGAGCAGAGAGAAGGGGAGACCAUCAAACAAUUUGUUAUGGCCCUCCAUGUCCUUGCUCGUUAUUGCAAAUUUCACGACGUGGAAGAUAUGAUUACUGAUCGGAUGGUUUGUGGUGUGCGAGAUGUGUCUUUGAGAAAAAAAUUGCUUGAGCAUCCGGCUUUGAAGUUCGAUGAGGCAAUGGAAAUUGCAUUGGCUUCAGAAUCAGCGGAUGCUGGAGCUAAGGAGAUGACAAAGGCAAUAGUGUCUGAAGUUCACAAGAGUUGUGUGGCAGGGGAAGCCACUGUAGACAAAGUGAGGUUAUGCUUUCGCUGUGGAAACCCUCAUGACCCAGAGAGGUGUUGGGCUAAGGACAGGAAAUGCCAUUUUUGCAAGAAAAAGGGACAUAUUAGAUCAAAAUGUGUUGCAAUGAAGGAAGGAAAAAACAUUCAUGCUACUACUGAUGCGUCAGAUAGCGAUGAAGAGAAGGUGAAACAUCUGUCUGGAAGAGUAGGAGGCGUAAAUGUUUUGGGGCAAAUCUGUCCGGAAGAGUGCGUCGAUGUGCAGAUCAAUGGUGUGACGACCGGAAUGGAGGUGGAUUCUGGAGCGACUUUGUCAGUGAUGCCAGUACAAAUUUGGAAGAAAAUUGCGAAUCCUGGUAUGGAGUUAAAAAAAUCAUCAAUUCAUCUCAAGACAUGGCUUAGUCAGGGUGUAGUCAUUCUUGGAGAGGUGAAUGUGGAAGUAACUCUUGGCAAGAAAAAAGCAAUUUUGCCUUUACUGAUCACAGAAAAGGGUGGAUCACCUCUAUUGGGACGCAAUUGGUUUAAACCUCUGGGAAUCGAAAUUCGGAUAGCCGCAGUAGAAGAAGCUGUGGACUCGAAGACUAUUAAAGAGGUAUGUGAUCGUUACAAGUGUGUUUUUGAGAAUAAGUUGGGCAAGUCUGUUAGGGGAGAAGUUAAGAUUGAAUUAAAAGAGGACGCACAGCCACGUUUUUUCAAAAGUCGGGCUGUACCUUUUGCAAUUAAAGAAGAAGUAGGUCAGGAAUUGGACAGGUUGGUGGAACAGGAAAUCUUGGAGCCCGUGAAUUUCUCGGAGUGGGCAACACCUAUUUGUAUUGCUCGGAAAAAGAACGGAGAAAUUCGCAUUUGUGGAGAUUAUCGUUCAACUGUCAAUGAGGCCUCCCGGACGAACGAUUAUCCUUUACCUACUGUCAGGGAGCUAUUGGCCAAUUGCAAAGGGAAGAUUUUCUCAAAGUUAGAUUUAACUCAGGCAUACCAGCAGCUGCCCGUGAGCGAGGAAACUGCUCAUCUGCUCACAAUCAAUACUCACCAAGGUCUAUAUAGAGUCAAAAGGCUUCAAUUUGGAAUCUCAGCAGCUCCGGGAUUGUUUCAGAAAUUCAUGGAUUCGCUACUGCAGGGAAUUCCCGGUGUGCAAGUGUACUUGGAUGACAUUCUCAUUGUGAGUGAUACACCCAAGGAGCAUUAUGAUCGUUUGGCUGAAGUUCUUGGAAGGCUGAAGGGUGCUAACCUCACUAUAAAAAGGGACAAAUGCGUUUUUGGGGCACCCAAGGUUCAAUUUGUGGGUUUUUCCAUUUCCGGGGAUGGUGUACAUACCCUGGAGGAUCAUGUGACUGCUAUUAGGAGAGCACCCACUCCAAAAAACAAAACUGAAUUGCAGGCUUGGUUGGGUAUGAUAAACUUUUAUGCCCGAUUUAUUCCCAAUAGGGCUACAAUGGCAGAGUGUCUCUUUCGUUUGCUGGAUGACAACACUACUUGGAAUUGGACGAAGGAACACGAUGAUGCUAUGGAAAAAUUGAAGAAGGCUUUGGAAUCUGCAAGUGUUUUGACACAUUACGACCUGAAAAAACCUUUAGUGUUGUCGUGUGACAGCUCACCAUAUGGAAUUGGAGCGGUUUUGGCACAUCGCACAGAGGAGGGGGAAAAACCCAUUGCAUUUUUUUCAAGAACAUUGUCGAAGUGUCAAAGAAAUUAUGCUCAGAUUGACAAAGAGGCACUGGCAGUGAUGUCUGGAGUGUGUAAUUUUCAUCAAUAUUUGGCUGGUCGUGAAUUCAUUAUUAUAACCGAUCACAAACCAUUGCUGGGAAUAUUCAAUCCGACUAGAAAUAUACAGGAAGCAAUUUCACCCCGAAUGCUUCGUUGGAGACUGAUUGUCGGGGCCUAUAAAUAUCGGAUUGAAUACAGGAAGGGUACACUACAUGGAAAUGCUGAUGCAUUGAGUCGACUGCCACUUCCUUGGCCAAUUAUUGAUGUGGAGGAACCUGAUAAUGGCGGUCACAUUGCUAUGUUAGAAGUCGAGAGUGGACCUGUGACCGCGAAACAAAUUCAGAAAUGGACAAGGAAGGACUCAACGUUGAGCAGAGUAAAAAGAUGGGUACUGGAUGGAUUUCCUGAACAUUGCUCAGAUAUAGAGCUGAAAACUUAUUUUGACAAAAGAUCUGAGAUUUCAAUUGAAAAGGACAUUUUGCUUUGGGGAGUCCGUGUUAUUAUCCCUGAGAGAGCUAGAAAAUCAUUAUUGGAGACACUUCAUCAAGCCCAUAAUGGCAUUGUGGCUAUGAAGAUGUCGGCGAGAGCAUAUUUUUGGUGGCCAAAAAUGGAUAAGGAUAUCGAGGACACAGUUAGACAGUGCGAAACAUGUCAAGUUUUAAGGAAUGACCCGCCAAAGGCACCACUUUGUGACAACAAGGAAAGCAAGAGACCCUGGCACAAGCUGCAUGUAGAUUUCGCGGGUCCGUUUAUGGAUAAAAAUUUUCUGGUUGUAGUGGAUGAUAUGUCGAAAUGGUUGGAAGUGCGUGUGGUACGGGCGCAGUCAUCAGUUGAAGUGAUCAAGGUUUUCCGAGAUUUAUUCGCAACGCAUGGAAUUCCUGCUGAAGUAUGCAGUGACAACGGACGAGCUUUUGUGUCUGAGGAAAUGAAGGAGUUUUGGUGUAGUCAUGGAAUUAAACAUUUCACAGUAGCGCCCUACCAUCCAUCGUCGAAUGGACUUGCAGAACGAAUGGUUCAGUCAGUGAAAGACAAGUUAAAGAAAUUGGAUGGAGAUAUCGAGAGUCGAGUUCGUGAGCUUCUGAUGAAUCAACACACAACCCCACAUGCAACGACGGGAAAAAGUCCAGCAGAACUUUUGAUGGGAAGGCGUUUGAAAACAUUGCUCAGCAAGGUACUUCCAGACGAAUUGGAGGAGGGAAGGAAAGUAGAUGGACAAGCAAGACAAUUCGCUGUUGGAGAUCACGUUUUUGCCAGAAAUUAUGGAUCUGGUCCAAAAUGGAUUGCGGCCACCAUUGUUGAAAAGACUGGACCAGUUUCAUAUCAAGUUCAAUUGGAAUCAGGAGUACUAUGGCGUCGGCACAUUAAUCAGCUGAUUUCAAGGACAUUAGGUACUUCAGCGCAGCCGAAUGUGAUUCAAGAAAAUCCACAGGAAGAAAUUGUUAUUCCGGUUCCAUCCGAAAACUUUUCUGAGGAAGACAUCGAGACAGAAAAUCAAGAAAUAUUGAUAUCGGAUGAUACACCAGCUCCAUUAACGUCAGAAAACAGUCAGAUGCAGAUGGAUCCGGUUUCACCAAGAAGUGUCGAAAGACCUGUUCGUGAACGACGACCACCAAGUUAUCUGAAGGAUUAUCAUACUUACAAGAUUGAAGGGGGAAGGGGAUUUGUUACAUUUAAACUGUAA